CUCCAAGAUGGCGGCGUCCACCGAUCACGAAAAGAUUUCGAGAAAUGAUGAAAUCGAUGAUCUCUUUCACGAUGUUAUCAUGUCCGAAGAAAAGAGCCAGGUGCAGGGGUUUACUGAAGGGAGAGCUGAAGGGGAGAGGAGGGGACUGGUGGAUGGAUUCUCUCUCGGAUUUGAGAAGGGAGCAGCUAUUGGUUCAGAGGUAGGGUUUUACCAGGGCUACGUUGAGACAUUACAGGAACUGAGUACACGAGAAGGGGAGGCCAAGCCACGGGUUCAGAAGUCUCUGCAGGCCCUGGCGGCCUUGUUGUCCCAGUUCCCUGUGGCAGAUGUGAUGAACCAGACUCUGUUUGACGACCUUGAGAAGAUACGUGCCAAGUUCAAACAGGUAACCUCCUUACUGGGAAUCAGCAUGUCAUAUGGGUCUGAAAACAAGAGCCAGGGCAUGUCUUUCUGAGAGACACCUUGCAGGGACGUUACCUGGGCAUUGUCAGACUACAGUCUAGACCGCUGAUGCGUCACACUCAACACUAUACAAGACCCAUGAAGAUCCAGAUUAGAAUUGGCCUUCAGCAACCCAGCAGCUAAUGGGAUCGUGUGGUCAGGCUACACUGCCAGUUACGUAUAUGGAUGCUCAUGAUAAUGAUCACAGGAUUGUCUGGACCAGGCUUUAAAAAUUACAGAACACUCCCAUAUACUAUACACAAUAACAAACAAACAUGUACAAGGUUUAGAAUGGCAGCCUGUAAGUGAUCAAGUCUGGACCAAACAAACUAGUCAUUGAUAGUAUGAGGAACGUCAUGAGCUGUUUGGGUAGAAUGACAUGAGAUGAAGCGAGUCACUGAGUCUGAAAACCUGAUCCAUUUAAUCGAAUCUUAUGGCAAGCACAGACCACUAUAGUCCGUUUGGCUCAAAAGCGGACGGAUGAAUUGCAAUCUAACUCGAAAA